AUGUCCCUCUUUCCCAAUAGCAUCUUUGGUCGAAGAAGAUCAAAAUCACCCCAAGAUCAUCAUCAUCACCACCACAACAACCACCCAUCAUACCAAACCCAUGGCUAUGAAGUUUCUCAACCCCACACACCCCACAUACCACCCCUAAAUUUCCACGAGCCAACACCAAUUGUCAACACCACUCACAUAGAGUGGAAAGAAACCCCUGAAGCUCAUGUUUACAAAGCACAUCUUCCGGGGAUGAAACGAAACAACAUAAGAGUUGAAGUUGAUGAUGACAGAAUGCUAUGCAUCAUUUGUGAGAAGAGUGUUGAGAUGGAAGAACAAAGUGGUGGCUGGCACCGUAUCGAGGUUGCUAGUGGCCAUUUUGUUCAGCGUCUUACUUUGCCUGAAAACUCUAAGGUUGAUCAUGUUAAAGCUUAUAUGGAUAAUGAUGUGCUCACUAUUAAUGUUCCUAAGAAUAGAGUUGGUGUGAACAAACGUGUUAGGAAUGUUCAAAUUUCUCAUGUUUGA